AUGCCUGGCACAGGACAUACUCCGAAGAAGAGAAAGACUACGAAUACGCCUACCACAGCGGAUGAUAUUGCACAAGCCAACUCGACGGCGCAGCUCUUUGCGGGGGCCAGGCAGAAUAGAUGGAUGUUGCAAGACCAGAACAUGUCGUUGCAGUGGGGCGGACCAAGUCUUCAUCGGCCACCCCACGAGCAGGUCCAGGAAAGGUCGAUAUCGAAUGCACAAGAGACUCCCUCCGGUAUGGCGACAACUCCCCGCGAAAAGGGCAAUAUGGAUGGACUACAGACAGGGCAACAGGCGUCUUCGACGUCGACAAAUACCGACAACGAACUUAUGGCCGGCCUGUUCGACUUUACCGUCUCCGAGAACCCUACGACAGUCGCUCCUUCCUUCUUGGUUGACUAUGGCACGCCCGCCACCACGGCAAGCGCGACGCACGAGCCCCCGCCAGCUCAAAAUCGCGCUAUGCGAACAUCCUUCGACGUGACAGCAACAACAGCAUGGCAGCAGCCAGGGUUGCCAUCGCCAGCCUUGACCGAGAGGAAUAUACGUUCGCCGGCAUUUGCUAAUGCUGACACCUUCUUGCAGACUGCAGGCUCAUCACACGCGGCACCGCCGCCUCAGAGGAGAGGGCCUGGACGGCCUCGCAAGCCUGGUCAUCCACCACCAGACUUUCUACAUACCAUGAACGGAAACCCUCCCCGCAAGGCGGGCCCAGUGCCUCAGCACCAACGCCUCCCAUCACAGACCAAUAUCCAGCCCAGGCCAGCCACCCAGACGCCACCGAAUGUGAACCCACAGAGCCGGAGCCGGACGCAUCCUACUCUACCGGAAUUCGUGGCCCACUGCAAGGAACUAAAGCAUGUCAACAUGCGCUUCAAUCUUGCGCAGUUCAGGCAGGAGUGCCACGACCAUGGGCAGACACUCAGCGACAUCGACCAAGGAAGGCUCAUACUUUUGAGCAACGCCGUCGAGGGCACCGACUGGUUCUACAUCACCUUGAGCCAGAUUGUAGUUCUCGCGGACGAUGCCAAAUGCCUGCCUCAGCCCGCGAACGAAGUCGUCUACCACACCUGGAGAUUCCUUGAUACGCUACUUUCCAACAACAGCGCUGUUUCUCAACACGUCCUUGCGUUCCUCGGACGGUUCCCCAUGUCGCUGGUCGGCCUAUAUGCGUCCCCUGACAGCGUUCGGUAUCAGCGGCAACUGUGCGAGGUUGUCGAGUUUGUGAAAGGACUGCCGCAUAGGUUUGGUCAGUUGGCGCAGGACUGCAAAGACCGUCUGGCACCACCGCUUGUGGAGGAGAUGUACGAUGCGCUUGGUUCAGCUAGUUGCGUCAUGCAGAGUACCAUCUUCCGAGCAAUCACACGGAUGAUCUGGGAGCCUCAGCCUGGUGUCGAUCUGAACAAUGGGAUCGGGGAGUUGGAAAAGCUCCACUACCACAACCAGGCUUUCUUCUUCGCCAACGCUCGUCGCAACCGUCAGGAGAUGGACGCAGCCAUCAAUGCGAUGAGACAAACAUUCUUCGCCUGGAACGGCCACGUUAAGAGCAUGGCGCAGUUUACUGCAUACCAAGCUCAGCUGGCCCCGUCCCAGCGCAGCAAAGCACCAAAGUUUGUCUGUCCACCUCAAGCUGUCGCAACAUUCCAGGCUACGCCCUCGCUGUCCACUAUCGUUGAGCAGCUAGACGGCAGCGGAAGACCACCGCAGCUCCCUUCCGUACAAAGCGCAAGCCAUGCAAUGGACUCGCGACCGUCACCUACGCAGUCAAUGCACCCACACAACGCGGCAAACACGAGGGCUGCUGGCAUGCCAACCACGAACCAGCGGGCUGCGCAAAGGAACACCACUCCGGCGCAGCCUAGCAUGACCCUGGCAUCCAACUCGGCCGCUGUCCAUCCAUGGACUAUCGAGUACCCGCCUCAACUGCAACCUCCUAAUCCGCGAGUCUACCUGUUCCCACACGAGCGAGACCCGCCCCGUGCUCAGCCAACCGAGCCGGACACCACUCGUAGCGGCCUUCAUCAAGCUCACCUCAGGAGUCCUACGCUCAAGCCUCUCCAUCCUUUUGCAGGCUGCAAUCUUUACCGCUAUGUCACCGCCUAUGCUGUCCCACCAACGAAGAUCAACCCGGACCUUCCUGUCAGCCGCAUCACCUUUGAGGCGACACCGGAGGAUGUUGAGAGGACCCCAGCUGCUGUACCAUCCAAUAUCGCUGGAGAGCCUCCCAACUACUCCCUCGACAGAACCUCACAACAGUACCGUCUGCGCUGCGUGGCCGUACCACCAAACGAUUUCCCUGACGACCAGUCGUCCAUCGAGGCAGAAACCUUCUGGCCGGACAACUUGUACAUCGACUUCAACGAAAAGAUGGUCGAAUCGCGUAGGAAGUUGCAUCACGGCCGCCACGCUCCUGCGGAUCUUACAGACCGUGUGUAUGAAGGCGAAAACGAACUGAAGAUUGCGCUUGCUCGUACCAGCACCGACACCCAUUCUUUCAACUACGCUCUGUCCAUCGAGAUCGUGGGCAUCAUGUCCCACGACGACAUCAUCGCUGGUCUCGAAUCCAGAAGCAUCUCGGCUGCGGACUCGCUUGCGGCGAUCAAGCAAUCUCUCUCACCUGGCUCGGACGUGGACAUGGACGACGACUUCGCCAUCACCUCCAGCAGCAUGGUCAUCCCCAUCUUCGAGCCCUUCAGCGCCAACCGCAUGGUCACGACUCCCGUCCGCGGAUCUGGGUGCUUACACCGCGACUGCUUCGACCUGGAAGCCUUCCUCUCGACUCGCCAGCGCAAGGCGCCCGAUCAACCGACUGUGGUGGACUGCUGGCGCUGUCCGAUCUGCCGUAAGGACGUGAGGCCGCACACGCUGGUGAAGGAUGGGUUUCUGGAGGAAGUGGUGCAGGAGCUGACGAGGCAGGGGAAGUUGGAUGCGAGGGCGAUUGUGGUGGAGGCGGAUGGGAGUUGGAAGGUGAAGGCGGAGGUGAAGACGGGGGUGAGGAGUGAGAGUAUGGAGAGGGAGGAUUUGGUGGGUGCGGGGAAGAAGAACGGGAAGGAGAUUGAGGUUAUUGAGUUGGAUUGA